AUCGAUAAACGCGUCGCAAGUUUAUAUUGAUCGUCGUGGGUGGAUUUAUAGGUCACGCUCAAAAUGAGUCUAAAAAACGGGACAAAAAUGUCCCAGCGCGAGAAAUUCGAGUUAAUUAACUCAGAAGUGCGUUCUUUUUACGAGUAUUGCAAAGAAGCGGGUAUGACUGACGAGGAAAUGGAUUUAAUUUGCCGGCCGCUGACGAACGCAGUGCGGAAGGCGUCUAUCAGAAGAUGGACGAGGGUUUUUAUGUUUCUGGUGAUGGUAUUGGCUAUAGGGUAUACCGUAAGCCAGACGGAAACUUUUCAAUGGCACGCGUCGGCCGUGGCGCGGAUCGUGAUGAUCAAGAUUCUGCCGUUCUGGGACUGGACGCCAUUGUACUACAACAAGUGUGUGGUGGACCGCUCGCAGCCGCAUAAUCUGGACAACCUGGCGUCUACCGCGGACUGCAUCGCCUGCGAAGCUGUCAGAUCCAUCGUCCGCGUAUCCGACACCAACUACAACGAGGUGUUCAACCACCACCUGCUCCGCGGCGCCCCAGUCAUCGUCACAGACGCCCACUACGACUGGUCCGUCUCUCGAACCGAACUCAACUUGACCAACCUCAUCAGCGGAGACGAACGUCUCCGAGACUCCGUUCCUUGCCGGGUCUUGACCAACAUCAGAAUCGGCCGACAACCCAUGGAUUUAGAGGAGAUAGUCUCCAGAAUCACGAACACUAACAUCCCUAGCUGGUUCGUCCAUUUCCAAAACUGCGAUAUCAGGGCUGUUAAAUCUUUUCGCAUCCUCGCUCCUAGGCCUUAUUUCCUUUCUCCUCACAUCCCUCCUUCCCAUUUUAACUGGCUUCUCCUCUCUAAGAGCUACGACACGCAUAGGUACAAGUACUUGGAACUUGAUGUUGGGUUGAUCAUAAUGUCGCAACUUAAGGGAAAGUCUUGGCUGCAGUUGAAGCCUAGGGCGCCUUGCGAGGAUGACUGUUUCACGCUGAACUUCGAAUUAAGUGAGGGGGAGACACUGGUCCUUGGGAAUUCGCUGUGGGAGUUCGAAUAUUUGCCGGGCAAAGGGGAGAAUGUCGCGAUGAUCACUGAGACCGACUGGGUCGAGUCGUAAACGAAUUUAAUCUUUCGGUGUUGUAGUAGCGGUUUGUUUGAAUUCGUUUUUUUGAAUUGCUGGACUGAAAGUAUGCUUUUGAUUGUGUCAGUAUUGGUAUGGGUAAAAA